UGGGGCCGUGCCUCUCCUCUCACCGGAUCAUCGCAUUUGCCCCGCACACGGAAGACUGCUGACUGACUACAAAACAAAAAAAUAAAACAGAUCACGGAUACAGUUUUUUUCGACACUACUCCGACCCGGUAUGCUGGGAUAAAGGACACUAAGAAGUUGGACGUGGCGACAUGGCUUUGGUACGAAUGUUGACCAAAGUCCCGGCGAGACUUGUGGGAAGUGCUGCACCCCUUCCCGCCGCUCUCCGGACAGCUCGCACGAUUGAUAACAGGUGGCUCCUGCGGGGACGUCAUCAAGCCCUCUUUUACAGUACACCACUACCCCCUAGUGAUGUGUUGCUGCAGUACAGACAUGGCCGACUGGUGCUGGAGGUCCCCCUGCCAUCCAGGAGUGAGAGGUGCCUGUUCUUCCUCAGGCCCAUGCUGAUGACUGUGGGAGACCUCAUCGUCGACUUUGAGAGAGAGGAUCCUGGAGUCACUGCCUAUGUGACUUCAAAGGAUGGGGAGCGUGUAGCCAACACUACCCUGAUAGACACUCUGUUGGACAAAGACUUCAACCUCAACAUCAAUGAUGUUGUGCAUAAUGUCCACUGUCCUGAAAAAGUAUCUGUUUCGAGCGAGCAUGCCAUGUGCCCAGAGGACAUGAAGCACAUCGUGCAUCUGCUCCACACGGCCCUGCACCUGCCAGACUACCAACUUCUGAAAGAAAGGCAGCUGCUGGAGAGACUGGACAGCCUCAAGCAAGAGCUCUCACCUCUGGAGAAGAUGAAGGCCCAGCUGUUCCACAAGGCAGAGUUCCGGACCUCCAGGGCUCUGUGGACUGGUAUGGCCCUGCUGUCUGUGCAGGGUGGAGCUCUGGCCUGGCUCACCUGGUGGGUGUACUCCUGGGACGUCAUGGAGCCCGUCACCUACUUCAUCACCUACGGCACUAGUAUUGGAAUCUUUGCCUACUACAUCCUCACCAAGCAGGAUUACGUUUACCCAGAUGCUAAAGACAGACAGUUUCUACGAUAUUUCUAUAAGGAUGCCAAGAAAAAGAGCUUCAACAUAGAACAAUACAAUGGACUAAAGGGAGAACUGGCACAGGUGGAGGAGGACCUGAGACGCCUUAGGAAUCCAACGCAACUUCAACUGCCGCUUGAACAGAUCCAGCCAAAGCUAUGAAUAAGCCGGAGCAAUGAAGAUCCCUCUCUACCAUACACACGCACUUCCAUUUUAUUUAGAUAAACGGUGCCUUUUUAUUAUAAACCCAUACCAUGAAAUGUUUUGUUAAUCUUAAACAAUCUUUAUUCUGAUACUAUCCACCUCCUUUUUGAAAAAUAAAAAUAUUGAAGGAUAUUGAAAUAAACAACUUGAAAGCAAUUCAAGAGCAAAUGCCUU